CACGGUAGUUCACGAGCUGUUUUUAGAAGAGAAAUCUUAGAUUUGUAUUACCCAUAUUGUAAUGGUGCUAUUUUAUAAAAAUAAAAUGCAAACAUGUAAAAGUAUCUUUUAGCUAAUAUUACCCAAACGCAUGUCCAUACUAGCGAUCAUGGCAUUUCCCAUUCACAGACCUGAUGUUUUUCGUUGGAAAAAAAGUACCAAGACUAAAACAGCAGGCAGCCGUAAGGUGCAGCUGAAUGAGAAUGAUAUAAAACAGUGGGUAAAGAGGGUGGAGAUUGCUUCAGAGUUUGCUGUAGCUGAGGUGUUUUCCAUGAAGAAACCGCAUAGUGAUAAACACAGUAUGACGCUGCAGAGCAUAGAGCAGCUACAGGAUCAUGAUGAUGCGUACAGUGAAGCUCAGUCCAUUCUAAGCGAGUGGAUGAACCAGAAGUUACGCCUGGAGCUUGAAAUGGAUGAGGAUGAGGAUGAAGAGGAAAUUGAUUCCAGAAAAGUUGACAAUUCAGAAUCCACACAAUUUGUUAAGAUUACACAACCCAGCUAUAAUAACUUUGAUGACAUGUACUCUCACCUAGUGAAGGAAGAAGAUGAAUCUGUAGUACACAAUUUCCUCCAGGACCUGAUGGAAACAGAGGUGUUAGACUUGGGGAUAGUGGAGGACCUCAAAGUGGACUCGGACAAAAAUAGGAAGAAAUGGAGGGACCCCAGUAUUACCAUGGAGAUGCGUCAUAAGCAGGUAAAGGAGAACCGCUCAUGUAGAGAUGCGGAGAGAGACAAACUGCGCAAAGAGAAGGAAGUGCUAAGGGAGGCGCGAGAGGAGGCGUGGCGACUGGAACUAGAGAAGCAGCGAAAGAAGAGACAGGAGGCUCAUAGACAGGAAGAGAUAAUACAGCUGGAGAUGAUUCGCUUGCGCAAAGAGAUGGAGGAGAAGAGGAAUGUGGAGCAGCUUGCACGAAACAUGGAAAGGGACCGGCUUCAGAAACACAGCUCUGUCAUUCCAAAAACUCAUAAUUCCAUUACACUGAAGAAACAGGACAAAGACCUUCAACUCAGGCUGAAGAAGCUGGAAGCCAAAGUUCAUCUUCACAAUUUGCAGCGCAUGCACAGACAUUUUUCCGGCUGGUACUCAGUGAUAUUGGAGAGAAGGGUACGCAUGGGCAAAGCAGCAGCACUGUGUGAUUGGAGGAGGCAGCUGAGUGCGUGGCGGGCAUGGCGGGCUCUAGUAUGGACCACGAGAGAGGAGAGAGAAGCUGAGAAAACUGAAAAGGAGCUGAGACAGGAACACAGACGCUGUCAGCAGGCAGUGGAGAGUGACCGCAGGAGGCUUUUGAGGCGUUGCCUUAGUGAUUGGCGUGUGUGGUGCCGGAUGGAACGUGAACGCAAGGAGCUUCUCAAACAACAAAAUGAAACUAGGCGUAAAAUGAUGGCUCUAAUCAAUGCAGCAGCCUCUGGGAAACUAGGGACAGAGAAUUCAGUACCUCCACCAAUAACCAACCCACCUGAAACAGUCAUUCAUUCAGAAAGCAUCAACCACCAGGACAUGCCAGCAAGUCUAGAAAUCUGUUCACUUGUAGAACCAGACACUUUGAAUGACAACACUUGCCGCCGAUCAGAGGCCCCGCCCACUCAGGCUUGGCAGGUGACGCGUCGUCAUGCCGCUCUUUCAUCUGCAGAGCAUCGACAGGCCUGCCAUGGGCUACAACAACUCACCACCACCACCCGAAAUCGAUGUGUAGAUCUGAAUGGUGGACAAUUCAAACACCGUCAUGCGGCCCUGCAGCAAACUGUAGCUGAGCAGAGGCGUCUUCUCAAAGAGCAACAGGAACAGAUUUCGCAUCUGCAAGAGAGACAGAACAUGCUGGAGCUGAAACACGAGGUGGAGAAAACAACACUAUUAGUAGCAGGGCCUAUUGGAGCUGUAGCCACACAUUGCACACCCAUAGCAAACACUGAAUCAGACAGAGGACGAGGAUGUGCAGAAAAAUCAAGACCAAAAAGUGCCUCGAGGGAAAGCGCCACCAGCCACACCGCCCACAAAGCAGCUUCGGGUCUCGCAGCACUCUGCCAUCCGACAGUACAAGCCAUGGAGGAACGUGCACGGCAGCGUUCCGAGCGCAGGAGAGAGAUGGAGGUGCUGAGGAGACAGAGGCAAGAGGAGAAACUGGCUCAAAUGAAGGCAUCAGAGGAGGAAAGACUCAGGGUGGAGGAAGAGGAGAAACAAAAGGAGGCAGAGAGGAAGAGGGAGGAGAAGAGGCAACAGAGGAAAAGAGAGCUUGAGAAGCAGAAGAGAGCAGAGAAGGAAAAGGAACUGAUGGAGCUGGCGGCCCAGCACUACCUCAGAACCCUGGUACUACACAAAGGCCUGACACCAUGGAAACGUCUACUGGAGCAAAUCCGUGUCAACAGACAGAGAGCAGUGGAUCAUUACACACUGGCACUUCAGAGAAGCUGCUUCUGCUCUUGGCUCCAGGAUGUGAAGGAAGCCCAUGCAAAGAGAGAAGCCACCGCCAACCAGCUGUAUCAGCGGAUCUUGCUUCAGAGGGCUUUGUGUAGCUGGAAAAGGAUAAAAGAUAUGCGCUUUAUACUGGAGGAACAAGCCGAACGGUUCUACAGAACUCGGAUCCAGAAGAAGGUGUUCUUAGUAUUGUUAGAUCAUGCGACGGAGGAGCGACUGAUAGCCUGGGACAACAAGCAACGGGCAGAGGAACACAACGGCAGGAGAGCUCUCAAAAAGUGUUUUGCAGGAUGGAGGCUUCUUCCGGUUUUCUUACAGGAAGAAAAAGAAAGAGAGGCACGUAGAGAGCAGCUCAGACGGAAAGUGGCAGAAAUACUACCUGACUUCCGCAGCUCCCCUGUUGACUCCAUAUGGAGAUCAAUAAAUCCUCUUUAAUCAUCACACACU